UUAUCUCACACGCGGCGCAAUUCGGAUGGCCUCUACGCAGCGAAGGCUAAUCCACUUCUUCCUGAUCAUCACCUUCCUCCUUGUCCUCGCCGCCGGCGAUGUGCCGGAGCCGGAUGCGGAGCCGGUUCCGGCGCCGUGGCCGCACCAGUUCCACGCGUUGCUGUUCAUGAACUACUCGGGAUCUUUGGAGAUGAUCGAUCUCUGGUACGAUUGGAUCAACGGCCGAAAUUUCAACAUCAUACAGAAGCAGCUGGGGAUUCUGACCUACGAUCUCGAGUGGAACAAUGGCACUUCUUUCUUCUACAGGCUCGAUGAGUCGAGAGAGUGCCGUACGGUUCAAGUCGAGGUUGGAAUUUUGCGGCCUAAUUGGCUGGAUGGAGCUAAGUAUCUGGGUCAGCGAUACAUGGACGGGUUUCUCUGCAACGUAUGGGAGAAGGUCGAGUUCAUAUGGUACUAUGAGGAUGUCGUGACCAAGAGACCUGUACACUGGGUCUUCUAUACAGGUAGGGAGGCUCAUGUGAUGACAUACGAGGUUGGGGCGGUCCUGGAGGACGAGAAAUGGCAGGCGCCGGUCUAUUGCUUCGACCAGGAAAGGGAAAGCUUUUUGUCCGAAGGAGGUUUAAGAGAAUUUAAAGGAAUCGGCACGUUGUGAUUACAGUAAUAAAAUGUCCAAUGUAACAACAUGGUAGAGGGCGAGGUGAAAAAGAUGUGACGAGGUUUAUUCGGUGGAGAAUAAAAUUUGGGGUUGAUUUGAAAUAGUUUGAGAAGUUUAUGUACCCGCGUGUAAUAAAUUAUGACAAGUAUCUACUAGGCUAACGGUCUGGUGCAUAUAUGUUUGCAUUUUUAAGGCCAUCUUGUUUAUUUUUUAUA